AUGCUUCACUCUACAGAUAUUCAGAAGAAAUCAAUCAUUCAACUAGAUGUCAUUAUUGUCGGAGCAGGCCUUGCAGGUCUCGCUGCAGCGGUGUCAAUCUCCCUGUCCGGUCACCGGGUGACGGUAAUUGAGUCAGCCAAAGAACUCCUCGAGGUCGGCGCAGGGUUGCAAGUGACUCCCAAUUGCACUCGCAUCCUCCAGAGGUGGGGGCUCCCUGACAGACUAUGGCUCAGUGCCGCCGAACCCAGCGCUCUGAUCGUGCACCGCUACUCAGGAAAGGUGCUUGCUAGAGAGGAUAACUUCGAUAAGAAAAUCCGUAGCCAGUACGGUGCUCCGUUCAUCGAUUUACAUCGCGUUGAUCUGCAGCUCUCGCUAUACGAGAAAGCCAAAGGGCUAGGUGUUGAGUUCAAACUUGGGGAGAAGGUUAUUAGUGUUGACUUCCACUUGCCCAGCGUGACAGCUGAGUCUGGUCUCACAAUGAGGGGCGAUCUCGUAGUCGCAGCAGAUGGAUUAUGGUCACGGUGCCGCUCAAAUCUUCUUGGGACUGACGAUAUGCCUCGACCGACUGGGGAUCUGGCAUAUCGGGUCGUCUUAGACCUAGAUCAGCUCGAUGACCCUGAGCUUAAAUCCUGGGUCAACAACCCGACUGUUCAUUUUUGGAUCGGGCCUGGGGCACAUGCUGUGGGCUAUUCUUUGCGCGGUGGUAUGAUGUAUAACAUCGUCUUACUCGUCCCCGACGAUCUUCCUCCUGGAGUCAGUCGAGAUUCUGGCUCAGUCGAAGAAAUGCAGGCACUUUUCAAGGAUUGGGACCCCCUCCUUGGAAGAUUUCUGAGUGUCGUCGACCAGGUUGACAAAUGGAAGUUGAUGCAUAGGGAGGAACUUCCUUCCUGGGUCAACGAGAAGUCAAACUUUGUUUUUGUGUACGACCAAUUCCGUCUACUCCCAGCUCCUGAUGAUGCAAUUCUUCUAACUCAUACUGUCCUUGGCCUCUACAGUGGCGAUUCUUGUCACCCAAUGCUACCAUAUCUAGCCCAGGGCGCUAACUCAGCUGUUGAGGAUGGUGCAGUUUUAGGUCUGAUCUUGGGUCACUUGAGAUCGAAAGACCAAUUACCCAAAGCUUUGAAGAUGUACGAAAACUUGCGCAAAGCCCGUGGUGAUGCUAUCGUCAAGGAAACUUUCAAGCAGCGAGACUCUUUUCACAUGGCAGACGGCCCAGAGCAGGAAGCACGAGAUAAAAUAUUCCUAUCGCAGCUCGGCAAAUCGAAGAUCCAAGGGUCCUUCCCUAGCAAAUGGACUUGUCCCCAAGUUCAGCCGUGGCUCUAUGGCUAUGAUGCUUUUAAGGUAGUAGAAAAUGCCGUUCUGGAGUAUCCAUUCAUGUUGGAUUCAUGCUGUACGGAUUAA